UUAUCACCCGUUGACCAAAAUGGCGAUGCCCUUGGUAAACGUGUUGAGAAGAAAUUUUAAAACAUUUUGCACAUUUGAAUUCAGAAGACAAUCGUCACAGUUUGUUAAGGCAGCAGGCAAUUCGCGUCUAUAUUCAUCUACGUCAUCUCAACCCACACAAACAGUUAAUGAAACAGACUUGGAUGAUUCGGUUCAGAAUGUCAAGGUUUUACGACAUGAUGAUUACUUUAAUAUAAAACAUUUAGUGACAAUUAAAGAGUUGUUUUCUGCUAAUGUGCACCUGGGACAUAAGUCUGGAUGUCGCAAUCCGUUUAUGGCUCCAUACAUUUAUGGUAAUAGAUUAGGACUGGAUAUCAUCGACUUGGAACAAACAAAGACAUUACUACAAGAUGCCUUGAAUUUUACAGCACACAUAGCCUAUCGUGGUGGCAUAAUUCUGUUUAUUAGUCGUAAUCGUCAAACACUUCCUCUGGUGGAAGAAACUGCAAGGGAAUGCGGAGAAUAUGCCCACUGUCGGUAUUGGAAGGGAGGAACUUUUACAAAUGUCACUUCCCAAUUUACACGAUUACCUGAAUUGUGUAUUUUUAUAAAUUGUUUGAAUAGUGUAUUUGACACUCAUAUAGCUGUGAUUGAUUCAGCCAAGUUAAUGAUACCUUCGGUAGGAGUUGUCGAUACAAACUGUGACCCCAGGUUAAUUAGUUAUCCUGUACCCGGCAAUGAUGACACACCAGUUGCUGUGGACUAUUAUUGUAGACUGUUCAAGGCAGCCAUUAUGGCUGGUAAACAAAAACGUUUUGAAGAUGGACAUGCAUAAUACUGUAUAAUAUUUAUAAAUGUUCUUUUGUGUAUUUCUUGAAUAAAACGUAGGAGUAAAAGAUUUUGAA